UGCCGUCGCUUUAGUUGUGUUUAAACGAAAGCUAAAUCAUCCAAUCGUGGCUACGUUUAUUUGUCAAAUCAGGAAGAGUUCGCUUGAACGGACCAAUAGCAGCAGAGGGCUGGGCUUGUGGAGCCUUUCGGAGUUUGUGAGAGAGUUUAAAGAAAGAAGAAAGAGACGUAACUGAAGCUAGCUUGCAGGCUAGCUGAAUGUCCUACCGUGUCGCAGAUGUGUCGAAAGCCACGGGAAAGGACGGAAUGUGGGGGGUUGGAUAUAUAAAGCUGGGAAUGGGGUUGUUUGUAAGUAACGCGGUUAUUGGACCGAUCGUUUCGGUAACAGUGGAAGCAGCGCUGACCGAGAGCCGGCUGUCUUGUGUAGGAGUUAACAACCAGAGCUACUUCUGUGAUUCGGGCCACUGCUGCGGAGAAUCUCAGUGUUGCAGCUAUUACUACGAGGUGUGGUGGUUUUGGUUGGUUCUGACUCUCAUCAUCAUUCUGGGCUGCUGCUGUGUGUGUCACCACCGUCGAGCCAAACAAAGACUGCAACAACAGCAACGGCAGCAUGAGAUCAACCUCAUCGCUUACAGAGAAGCCCAUAAUUACACUUCUCUACCCUUCUAUUUCAGGUUCCUGCCUGGCUACCUCUUACCCGCAUACGAGGAAGUGGAGAACAGACCUCCGACGCCCCCGCCUCCGUACAGUGCCUCUCAGCCAGGCCAGUCCCCCAGCACUGACUCCCUGUGCUCUGAACAACCAGAUGAGCUCUGCCCUCCACUGGAGUCCAGCCCCGUCGUCCCGUCUGCAUCUGACAACUGUUCCCCGGGACCCUGCGUAGAGCAGCCACAUACUCCCACUGCACACCACCCUGUCAGAAACACCCACAAGCCACAGUACCUCAGCCGAGAAGAGGAAGGGCAGCCCCAGCAGGUGGCGUGCGCUACCUCACAUAGCCUGCUCAAACAGGGCAGCUCCGGCGAGGAUCUAACUGAACCCAUAGAAGACGGUUCUCCCGAAAGCAAAGAAAAGACUCCAGGACGCCACCGGCGCUUCACAGGUGACUCUGGGAUUGAGGUAUGCGUUUGCAACCAGGGGCCCGGGGACGGAGAGGAUGAGGAGAUGAAAGAGCUUGUUGGGCACAUGGAUGGAGGGGUGCACGAGCAGCAGGACUUCUGUGAUAGCUGCAACCCCCACAGCAGCAGCUGCCCUCCUCGUGGUCCAGGGGAUGAGGAACAGGGCCUGGCUGCCUCAGAUGUGCCUCUAGAGCAAAGAGAGCAUCAGCGACCUCCAGUCUGCCUCCAUCUGCACACCAUCAAUGAACAGGAUGGUCCAUAUCACACCAAUAACACAGACCCCCAGAGUUGAGCACAACCGGUUCCAGCAGAGACUUACUUUAGACUGCUGUCUCCCUUUACUUUCUCAAAAUACAUCAGUUUGUACUGUCAGCAAUGGCACUUUGGGUGUACUUUUGUGUGUGUGUGUGUGUGUGUGUGUGUGUGUGUGUGGUGUUAAUAUGUGAGUCCUUACGGUUUUUAUGGAUUAAUAGGGUAAUCUAGUAAAGACGUUAAUAGGUCUGUUGCCUCACAGAGAGGUCACGAUCAAUGCCACAGGGGAAAUUCUCCUCAGUUUAUAGCCUUAUCGAGCUUUGUGUGACAUGCCUGUAGGCUUUUUGUUGGUUUUUGGGGGCUGAUUGCCUCCUACUGAGAUGAAGAUGGCUCUCAAGGUUGGGGAUACUUGGUUUUGCUCUUGAAUUCUUACCUUUAAUAACAUUUUAAAGUACUUAAAAGGGCCCAAAACAGAGUGAUCUGUUAAUAUUUAGUCACUGUCAUGGUGUUCCAAAUGCACAAGAUUUCUGUUUAUCUUUAAAACACAAAUAUAUUUUUAAUAAAACCAGAGAUCCAUUUUAAAACAGUCUAUUCCUCUAAAAGUUGAUGCUUUUAAAAAAUUAAAGAUUGUAAAAUAAAUCCAUAUGCAUAUACAUAGAGCACAUCAAAUAUGGUAAACAAAAGAUGAAACAUAUGUGAUGCACGAGAACCAGUGACGUUUCUUACACGAAAAGCAAGUAUAGUUGAACUUUUGUUUCUCUGUGUUCCCUGAUCAAUGUUUAUAUGUGAAUAAAGCUUACAUUUCAAAGGA